AUGUGGUACCACGUCUCAGAGCCGAACGAGUAUCUCGUUCUCACGGGAGGCGGCAUUAGUGAUGUGGUUAUUAAGAAAACGGCGUUUGUGAUGCCAUGGCACAAAUGCACCCGGAUUUCAAUUUCUCCAUUCGAUUUCUCCAUGAAUCUCCAGGCUAUGACAAUCGAAAAGCUUCAGUUUGCCCUCCCAGCCGUCUUCACAAUCGGCCCUGAUAAUAAUAUUGAGGCUCUCAAGAAGUAUGCUCUUCUCCUAUCAGGAGAAGCUGAUGGGGUAAAAGCCACCAAAACGGCCACCAGAGGGAACCAUGUUCAAGAUAUCGUCAAGGGCAUCAUCGAGGGCGAGACUCGCGUGAUUGUCUCUGGGAUGACAAUGGAGGAAAUUUUCAAAGAGCGACACGUCUUCAAGCAGCAUGUCAUUGAAAAUGUCCAAACGAGCUGGAUCAAUUUGGUCUCAGGAUAUACUCCUGGAAGUGAAUAUUUCACCUUGCUUAGCCGAAAAGCGCACGAAGGUGCACUGAAUCAAGCCAAAAUCGACGUCGCAGAGGCUCGAAUGAGAGGUGAAAUUGGUGAAGCCGAAAAACGAGGCAAAACAAAGCAAGAAAUAUCCAAAAUCGACGCAGAAACCGCAGUUCUAGAAACCAAACGUCGAAGCGAGAAGGCACAGGCAGAUGCUCAGCUUACAAAUCGGCAAACGGAGCUGGACAUGGGCAUCCGGCUUGCGAAGAUAUCCGCCCAACGUCAAGCGGAAAUGAAGGAUGCCGAAUUGCAGAAGCAGGUCGAAACCAAACGUGCAGAAACGGAAUUGGAACGACUCCGGGCACUCGAUGUUACUAAGAGCAAGAUCGCAAGGGAGGCGGCUGAACAAAACGCUGACGCAGACCUCUACACUAAAAUGAAAGACUCCGACGCUGUUAUGUAUAAACAGAAAAUGGACGCUGAUGCACACUACUACCGCACCUCCAAGCACGCAGAAGCCGCCUUUUUAGCGAAGACAAAAGAGGCCGAAGCUGCAUUUAUUGCGAAGAAAAGGGAAGCUGAAGGUAUUGCUGAGAUGGCAAAGGCUUACGGUGCUAUGGCGGAAGUAUUUGGCGGACCACAGGGCUUCUUGCAGUAUCUCAUGAUCCAGAACAACACCUAUGAAGCACUUGCCAGAGCGAAUGGAGAAGCUAUCAAGGGCCUUGAACCCAAGAUUACAGUCUGGAACACCGGUUCUUCUGGAGAUUCAUCUCAGGAUUCAACGGCUCCAAUCCGGAACCUCAUGCAAAGUCUUCCACCCCUUUUCUCAACUAUUCAUGAGCAAACUGGGAUCUCUCCCCCAACGUGGAUGGCACAGCUUCCACACCAGAAUCAACAAAACUCUACCGUACAUGCCGAUGAGAUUAAGGCUAAGCUUAGAGCUAACGCUUCAUAG